GCAACAAUCGUGAGGUUUUACAAACCAUUCCAGAGAAGGAUCGAUCCAAAAACUUGAGUGAAUUGAAUUUGGAUCGAGAUGAACUGCCCGUUGAAAGAGCCCUUGGACUUUAUUGGUGUGUCCAGACAGACACCUUUAAGUUCAAGAUGAUGGAAAAGGAGCGACCACAUACUAGACGUGGAAUUUUAUCGGUGGUCAGCUCAGUUUAUGACCCUUUGGGAUUUCUUGUGCCAGUAACACUUCCAGCCAAACUCAUGCUACAGGAGCUUUGCAGAAAGAAUUAUGGCUGGGAUGACCAGAUUCCCCAAAGCCUCAAACAACAGUGGAUAAAGUGGUUAACAGAUCUUCAACAAGUGAAUGCAUUUAAAGUUGACAGAUGCAUCAAGGCACAGGACUUUGGACAACCUGAUCAUGCACAAUUGCAUCACUUCUCAGAUGCCAGCGAGAAUGGCUAUGGAACAGUGACGUAUCUUCGACUACAAAACCAGAACAACAUUCAUGUUUCUUUUCUGCUUGGCAAAUCAAGAGUGGCACCUCUUAAACAAAUUACCAUCCCUCGAUUAGAGCUUACUGCUGCUGUCCUGGCUGUUCGAAUAGAUAAGAUGCUUAGAACAGAAUUGCAGCUUCCACUUGACAACUCUUGUUUUUGGACUGAUAGUACUUCAGUUCUAAAAUAUAUCAAAAAUGAAGAAAAAAGGUUUCGGACGUUUGUAGCUAAUAGAGUGUCAGCAAUUCGAGAAGUAACAGAUGUCUCACAGUGGAGAUACAUUCAUACCUCCCAGAAUCCUGCAGAUGAUGCUUCCAGAGGAUUGAAAGUAGAGAAGCUAAUCACAAACAAGCGGUGGUUAAAGGGUCCAGACUUUUUGUGGACAACAAAGGAGGAGUGGCCAGAGGUCAAUUUGGAUUGUAACCUUGUUCCUCAAGAUCCAGAACUAAAAAGGGAGCACAGAACAAAUGCUGUGAUCAUGGAAACAAAUGCAACCAGCCAAUUGAUUGAAUAUUUUUCUGACUGGAAGAGGCUAAAAAUUGCUGUUGCAUGGAUGCUGAAAUUAAAACAUGUCUUAAUGGAAUUGAGCAAGAAAAGGAAGGAAUUGUUGGAAUUGUCAGACCAAUCCUGUGACAUUCAGCAGGAAAUGCAGAAGGUCAAAGCUGCAUUAAGACCACAAAGCUUGUCCAUAGAGGACCUUUCUGAAGCAGAAAAGGCAGUCAUUCGUUUUUCUCAGUUUGAAAGGUUUAACAAAGAAAUUGUUGGACUGUCCUCAGGAAAAACGGAAGUGUCAAAAGGCAGCACUAUCCACCGAUUGAACCCGGUCCUGGAAAAUGAAUUGUUGAGAGUUGGUGGAAGAUUGUGUAAGGCAGCAAUGCCUGAAGAGAUUAAGCAUCCCAUCAUUUUAUCCAAAGACCAACAUAUUUCCAAGCUUAUUUUAAAGCAUAUACAUGAACAGGUCGGUCAUGGUGGAAGAAACCAGGUUCUGUCCAAAUUGCGUGAGAAAUAUUGGAUAACUCAUGCCAAUGCAGCAACAAGGAAAAUUUUAUCCAGUUGUGGCUUGUGUAGGAGAUUCAAAGGAAAACUGGGUGAACAAAAAAUGGCCGAUUUGCCUGUUGAAAGGUUGACUCCUGAUCUUCCUCCAUUUACUAAUGUUGGAGUUGAUUACUUCGGGCCAUUUGAAGUAAAACGAGGACGUUCCUUUGUAAAGCGAUAUGGUGUUAUUUUUACGUGCAUGGCUAGUAGAGCCAUACAUUUAGAAGUGGCCUAUUCUUUGGAUACAGAUGCAUGUAUUAAUGCCAUUCGAAGAUUCAUUUGCAGAAGAGGACAAGUCUCUCAUUUGAGAUCAGACAAUGGAACCAAUUUCACUGGUGCAGAAAGGGAAUUAAAAGAAGCAUUGGCAGCUUUAAACCAUGAUAAGAUUCAGAAAGUCUUUCUGCAGGAAGGAAUCAAAUGGAGCUUUAAUGCACCUACAGCCUCCCAUCACGGCGGUGCAUGGGAGCGAAUCAUUAGGAUGGUGAAAAAGAUUCUUACAUCCCUUUUGCACCAGCAGACUUUAGAUGAUGAGGGGUUACACACAGUUUUAUGUGAAGUGGAAGCGAUCAUUAAUGAUCGCCCAAUCACCAAAUUGUCUGAGGAUCCAAAUGACUUAGAGCCUCUUACCCCCAACCAUCUUCUUACUAUGAAAAGGAAACCAGUCUUGCCUCCAGGGCUAUUUGAUAGGACUGAUAUGUAUGGAAAAAGAAGGUGGAGACAAGUGCAGUACAUCUCUGACCUUUUUUGGAAAAGGUGGAUUACAGAGUACUUGCCUUUACUACAGGAACGACAAAAAUGGACCAAGAAGAAACGAAAUCUGGUGCCUGGCGAUAUAGUUCUGGUUGCAGAUACCACAGCUCCUCGUAAUUCCUGGAUGGCGCAGUUCUACACCGUCCCUCUUCAUCGCCAGCAGAUGGCGCAGUUCUACACUGUCCGUCCUCAUAACCAGCAGAUGGCGCAGUUCUACACUGUCCCUCCUCAUCGCCAGCAGACGGCUCAGUUCUACACUUGGUAG